GGAGAACUUCAGUCGGUAAGAUGAAGAAGUAAAGAGGACGGAGGUUGUUGUAGAGGGACACUUUGUCACAUUUCGAGAGUGUUUUGUCAGAUUGCUGGAGCUGAAAUGAUCCAGACGAGCGGCCCCGUCAUGCGUCUCCUUUGUGUGCUGUUCCUCGUGGUGUACGCUUCCCCAUCACCUACCCCCUCCAUCGUCCUUCCCUUCCAGCAGAAAGGCCUCCCAGACCUGGGGAAGACAGUUGAUGUGAAGAGCCUGAUGAAGAUGAUGAUGAGCGAUGGAGAAGAGGGAUCAGGCUUUCAGGAGCUGAUCCAAGAGGAGGGGCCUAAAUGUCCGUUUGAGUGUCGGUGCAGCCUGAAGGUGGUGCAGUGCUCCGACCUGGGUUUAUACUACGUGCCUCAUGAUCUUCCUCCUGAUACCAGACUGCUGGACCUGCAGGGAAACCAGAUCACCGAGAUCAGAGAGAAUGACUUCAAGGGACUGAACAACCUCUACGCUCUGGUGUUGGUGAACAAUCGGAUCUCUAAGAUCCACCCACGGGCCUUCCUGCCUCUCGAGCAAAUGCAUAAGCUCUAUUUGUCUCACAAUCUGCUGACCGCUGUUCCCAAGAGACUUCCUCCAACUCUAGUGGAGCUGCGAAUUCAUGACAACCGCAUCAAGAAAGUAGCAGCAGGGACAUUUUCUGGACUCUACAGCAUGAACUGUAUUGAGUUAGGACGUAAUCCCAUCAAGAACAGUGGUUUGGAGGCCGGUGCAUUUGAUGGACUGCGAGUGAAGUAUCUGAGGAUUUCGGAGGCCAAGCUCACAAGCAUCCCCAAAGAUCUACCUUUUAACCUGAAAGAGCUACAUCUGGAUCAGAAUCAAAUUCAGGCCAUCCAGGUCGAGGACCUGAUGCAGUAUGGAGAGCUCUACAGGCUGGGCCUCGGGCACAACAAGAUCCGCAGCGUUGAGCGUGGCAGCCUUUAUUAUGUCGAAAACCUCAGAGAACUUCACCUGGAUAAUAACCUGCUGUCCCAAGUUCCUGAUGGUCUAGCACAGAUGAAGCACCUGCAGGUGGUCUACCUGCACUCAAACAACAUCAGCAGUGUGGAUGUGACCGACUUCUGUCCAAAGCCCUUCAGCAUGAAGAGGACUUUAUAUAACGGCAUCAGUCUGUUCGAUAACCCCAUCAGUUACUGGGAAAUCCAGCCUUCAACCUUUCACUGUGUCAGCAGUAGCAGGGCAAUCCACUUUGGAAAUAAUAUGUAACACUGGCCCAUUUAUUUAACCUUUCACCAUCAUCUUUUUACAUAAUUAUUCUUCCCCUCAUGGACUUAAUAUCACUCAGUAGAUACACAGUACAGUAACCAGAGACAAAUAUAGAUACUUCUGCUUUUCUGAGGUGGUUGUUGUGUGAGAUAUUUUUGCAGGGAGUCAGCACGGCCUCUGUUUAGUCAGAUGGAGUGCAGCAGUUGGAGCUUCAGAAAGAAAGUGUGCUGCGCAUGAUGUGAACUUGAUGAUUGGCAGACAGUGAAAGUGGAAGAGAUGGGGCCCCCUAGUGGUGAAAUUCAGUCAUGUCUAUAUGUGUGCUUUAAAAAACAUUCAACACUUAUGCAACUUUUCCUUCUAUGUAAGUGUAAAUCCGUUUCCUGUCUGUCAAUGCUGCAUAGGUUCUUUCAUUAAAGCAGGUCUGUGUCUCUUUU